AUGGUAGAGAGGAUUAAAGAAGCUCAGGCUACAGAUCAGCAUCUGCAGUUUUUGUGUAGCAGAAUUACCCCAAAACAGCAGAUAGGGUUUUCUUGCGAUGGAAAUGGAAUUCUAUACUUCCGGGGGAGAUUAUGUGUUCCUGAGCUACCUUCUUUGAAGGAGGACCUACUUCAGGAGGCACACCGAUCCAGAUUUGCGAUUCAUCCUGGUGGUACACAUAUGUAUAGGGAUCUGAGACGUUCUUAUUGGUGGGCGGGCAUGAAGAAGGACAUCGCGGAUUUCGUUGCACGAUGCCUAGUAUGUCAGCAAGUGAAGGCUGAACAUCAGAGACCCGCUGGUUUACUCCAGAAGAUACAGAUAUCGGAAUGGAAAUGGGAGCAUAUCACGAUGGAUUUCGUCGUGGGUCUACCCAGGACCCGGCGAACACAUGACACGAUUUGGGUGAUCGUUGAUCGGUUAACCAAAUCUGCUCAUUUCCUUCCGAUCCGUAGGACGGAGUCAUUGGAUCGAUUGGCAGAGUUGUAUUGCAGAGAGAUUAUCAGGCUUCACGGUGUACCUCUCAGUAUUAUUUCAGAUAGAGAUCCGCGGUUUACUUCACGAUUUUGGCAGAGCCUACAGCAGGCUAUGGGUACCGAGUUACGAUUUAUUACAGCUUUCCACCCCCAGACAGACGAGCAUGUAGAUCUCCCAUCGUAUGGAUGGAAGUUGGGGAAACACAGAUUUUGGGGCCACAGAGUCUUCAGCGUGAUGCAGAGAUGGUUUGUACCAUCAGGCGCAGGAGUAAAAAGGUUUGGGUUGAAGGGUAAGUUGGCACCUCGCUACAUUGGACCCUUCCAGAUUCUCGAGAGGAUAGGUGAGGUGGCAUAUCGACUGGUGCUACCACCAUCACUUACUGGGGUGCAUGAUGUAUUCCAUGUAUCUAUGUUGAGGAGAUAUGUACCGCACCCUUCGCAUAUUCUCACUGAUGUAUCAGUUGUACUUCAGCCGGAUAUAUCUUAUGAGGAGAUUCCAGUUCAGAUUUUGGACCGCAAAGAGCGCCGGUUGCGGAACAAGACAAUUCGACUGGUCAAAGUCGGAUGGCGGCAUCACUCAGAUGAAGAAGCCACCUGGGAGUCGGAAGAUAGGAUGCGAGCCAGUUACCCACACCUAUUUACUGAAGGUGAGUAA